CAUCCUUUGAUCUGAAAAGCCCUAUUGGACUCUCCUGCCUUUGUUCUUCUUCUUCUUCAUCAUCAUCAUCAUCAAUCACUGCUGUAUUUACCCUGUUAGACGACGACCUCUCCUCAAUUAACUAUCUGGCAUCCUCCUCGAGUGGCCCAGUUUAAAGGUUGCUGCCCCUUUCCCAUUCGGCUGUGGAACCUUCAUGGUCAGCACAGCCAAGGUCACACCAGGAUAACGUCAAUGUAUCCUGUACCUCUCCCACCCGCUCAUUUCCCAUAAAUGCUGGCCCAGGUUCCUUCCUUUCUCUUGUGAUAUGGAGAGACAGGCCUAGAGUUGAUUAAUCACCACUGCUGGGCUCUGCCUUCCAAUGAAAACAGCAACAGCCACAACCUCUGAGGCACAGAGAGAAUCUGGAAACCCCCAAGUAACUCACAAGAAGGAGGCUGUUGAUCUGCUACACUCCAGGGUUAUCAAACCCUUAAAAGGAGAAGGGAGCUUUGCGAACAGGGACUGCUAACAGAGUUUUGCAAGGGAGUUCUCCAGGUGAAGGAGGAGGAGCAAACACAGCAUCCUUGGUAGGGAGACUUCUAUUGCUGGUCUAACAGUGCUCUGCCAGAGCUGCUGCUGAACAAUGCUUCACUACUAUGAGAUGACUAGCAUUGAAGACCUGCUUCAGGAUGUGACUGCAACCAGGUGUGUGGGCAUCCAGAUAACCAACAACACCACAGGCGAUACCCUCGGGAACCCCAGGACUUACUGUUUCAGCGGCUGGACCAAGAUAGAGCCUGUGCCCCAGAUCCGCCCCGGCUCUUUUGGGUGCUGUGUGUUUGUGAAAACAAACUACACAGCCCGUGGGAGCGUCGGGGUGCUGAGCUACGAGUCCGAUGCCUUCACCCUGGCCAUCAUGUUCUCCAACCCCUACGACCAUGUGCAAUACUGCAAUGAGUUUGCCCUCGAGCUCUUCACUGGCAGGAAGCACUUCGAGAGCAUGGAGCACCUCUACCAUUGCAUGUACAGCCACGACCCUCCCUAUAAUUGCGUGUUCUUCCAGAAAAUGAGGCUCACUGAUGAUGAUGAUGGCGAGCUGGAGGUGACCAAUGAGAAGAUCCAGGUGAAGGCCACCAUGUCCAACCAAAAUAAGUCCAUCAUUAAAGUGCAGAUCAAGGAAAAAGAUCCCUGACCCAAUGUGACAGACAAUGGGGCUGCUGGUGGGAAAUAGUGACUUUCUUUCUCCCAGCUUGAGUAGACAGCGAUGUGCCAGCUCUGCUCAUUUUAGUGCACUAAGAAUGGCCAGAGUGGUGUGGGUGUUGGGAAGAACUAGUCACCCAAGUGCACUCUCACCUGAUUUCCUGGGGACAUACUUGGGUGUCUAGCCUGCGCUGCUGCCCAUGCCACAGUAUCCACACUGCUGUUUUUAGUGCACUAGCACAUGGGAGGAGGAAUAGCUUAGUAGUUUGAGCAUUAGUGUGCUAACCACAGGGUUGUGAGUUCAAUGCUUGAGGGGGCCAUUUUGGGAUCUGGGGCAAAAAAAAAUAGCUGGGGGUUGGUCCUGCUUUGAGGAGGGGGUUGGACUAGAUGUUCUCCUGGGGUCUCUUCCAACCCUAAUAUUCCAUGUCUGUCUACCCAGGCUGGGCAGUAUCAAGGUCUCCAGAGUUUUAUCAUUUUAUUAAAAAGUUUUGUUUCUUGCUUAUUUUUAACCUCCGAAAUAACAGGUGUUGUCAUAUGAAGACCUGAAGUUUAAGCAUUUAUAAUGGUGUUAAAACUCCCAGAAAGCUUUGCAAAAAGUAAUGCUAAAAAAGAGAAUAUAGAAUUAUUAGCAAAUAAGAGCUACAAUUCUUGUACAUGGAAAUAUGUUUCAGAGCAUGACCUUUGGGUAUAGCUGUAUAAGGUUGUUUUUAAUUGCAUGUGUGCUUGCUAGGUAAAAUAUAAUUGGCUAAGCUACUUAAAUAAAAGUUACAAAUUCUAAUGGAAACCAAAAGGAAGGGAUAAGUAGAUAAGAUCAUAACAUAAGAAUGGUCAUACUGCAUCUGCCCAAUGGUCCAUCCAGCCCAGUGCCAGAUGCUUCAGAGGGAAUAAACAGAACAGGGCAAUUUUGAGUGAUCCAUCCCCUGUUGUCCAGUCCCAGCUUCUGGCAGUCAGAGGUUUAGGGAUACCUGGAGCAUGGGGUACCAUCUUGACUAGUAACUGUGAUAGGUUCCCCCCUCGCCUGGCAACGAGUUUCACAGUUUGCGUGUAUGUUGCAUGUAUGUUGUAUGCCCCCAGUGCUGGUCAGUUGGGCAGUGCAACUGGAGCUCCCUCAAUCCUGGAGCGCUGGGCAGGCAGCAUGGUCCCAGCACCGGUAGUACGGGUGGCAUGGUGUGACGUGGCCCCAGCCCAGGUGUCUUGUGCGCACCACGACCCUCAGCCUGCCUACCCCAGCCUCGGCCACAGAAGGCAGGAGCGGGAUUGAGGGUGCAGCGUGGGUGUGGCCACGCCAGGUUUGUUUUUGGGAGGCACAACCUUCCCCUGCCUAUGAUACCUGCUGCCCAUGAUUGUCCUGAUAAAAUGAGAGCAGCAACAUUGUAUGUAAAGUUAUACAAUUCCAUUGCAUGGUGUUAAUAAGACAUAUUCGAAGACUGGGGAGUGGCCCCUCAAAAAACUUCAUCUUACAAAGAAAGCGCUUGGCAUUUCCCUCCACACAGACUUUUUGUCUGCUGAACCUCAGCUGGAGAUUCUUCUCAAAGAAGGAAGGGCGGAUGCCACAAAUCAUUCCUCCCUUUCUCUCUGCCCAUGGCACCUGGAGAACAAAGGGAGGAGCAUUGGACCAGGGGAGGGAUCUUGACUGAAAGUUCAGUCAGUAGAACUGCUGGAACAUGUGGUGUGAGAGCUUGCUUUGAAUUCAUUCCAGUUUGUUAAGUUAGGCAUUAGUUGCAUUUUGCUUUUAUUUUUCUUGUAACCAGUUCUGACUUGUGUCUCGUUACUUGCAUUCACUUUGUCUAUCCU